GACCACUGCAUCAGUCAGUCGUCGUCGCGCUGUCAACACAACUGGCACUUCGAAGGAACAGUGGUGUAUGUGGUCUUUAGGCGUCCGUUUAACUAAUAAAUCGUGUCUUCCGUGGAUCCACCAAAAGUUGUUAAUUUGCUAUUGAAAAAUACAUCGCUUCUUUAUUGCCUCACCUAUUUAGGUAUGUCUUCCGAUCCGAUGGAUGAUAAGCGAGCGAUUGGGAAAAUGAGUAAACAGCGAAAACCUUCAUUUGAUUACGCAGCGACCAAACGUUGGAGUAAAACGCCUCGCCAGCUGCCACUCGCCAGCGCGAGGACGACUGAUAUUAUCGUGUUAUUCGUGAUAGCCUUUCUGGCCGUCAUGGCUACAACCAGUACAGAUGCUUCCAACUACUUUGACACUCAAUUCACGAACAAUGCUGGCAGCAUUGCCGAUUGCAUAGCGCAUGGUAAUCCACCGCCGAAUGUCGAAUGGCUGGACAAGGACAAUAAUCCCAUCACCUCGAUAUCAAAGGUCCGUCAGAUGCUUGCCAACGGUUCACUCUAUUGCAUUGUAUUCUAAGAAAAUGAUUAUCGAAACCGUUUAGUUUUCUUAGAUAAUUGGACUAAUCAUUAUAAGAAGAACGAGUUCUUGAACGUGGAUCACAAAAACCGUCUCAUGUUGGCAUUAAUUUGAGUCAGUUGCAUAUUUAUUGAAAUAGCUAAUAUCGAUUCCACUAAAGGUACGAUUGCCAAAAUGCCACAUCCGCUUCAAUGAAACUUUAUGGGCCUCAUAUGCUGAACAUAGGGUUGGUGUGAAGCUCUCAAAAGACGAACACUCAGUAACUUCCUCUUGAGCUUUGAUCUUUCCGCUAAGAACCUCACUACGCUCUUUUUCCAUACACUCCACUUAGUCCGCAUAUCCCUCUUAGAGGUAUGUUCGCAAAGAAGAAAUCACCAGAAGAAGGUUCCGCGUCUAUUGGAGAUUCCAAGCGAAGCCAGGUCCUUCAAACAGAGUGGAUGUCUUCUUCUCCUUCUACUUCCCCCGGCGGGCGCACAAUCAUUAUAACUUGUAACUAACCACGAGGAAUAAAGUUUUUGACAGUACUAUUCUUACCCAUAACCGUUAGGUUAUGAGUAGAGAAAUCUUAUUCAAAACCCACUGUGUACAUACAAGUCGAACAAAACUUGAAGGGGACCGACUAUAUAAUUAUGUAUAUAUGUAAAAAACUGAACUACUGAAUUUAGAACAAGUUUAGUAGGGAUACAAUCUCUCUCUAUACCGACCGGUUCAUAUUGGACUGCUAAUUAGGAACGGAGUCUUCAUAAUUAUUUUCGUCUACCAAACUCAGCCAGCAUCUUUCAAGCGGAAGUACCAUUUAUACAUAGAAAAGACCUGUGAAAUUCUAUCAAAUAUCUACGGGAGGAAACAGAAAGCUACCAUAUUCACAGAUAGCAAGGGGCCAUUACUAGCCUUGUCGUCGGAAAAGAUUUAUUCCAAAGUAGGAAACAAAUUUGUA